AGAAUGAACACUUGGAGGACUAAGGGUCGGAGGACGGGAGCAGCUACAGCUAGGGGUAAUCAGAAUCCACCCCAGGCUCCAGCUGAAGGAGUGGCUAUGCCAGUUAACCCAGCUAGGUUGACUGAUGCGGAGGAUGUUCUGAGGGAAAACCCACCGGUUCGCAGCAUGGCUGACAGACUGCGAGACUUCACGAGGAUGAAUCCUCAAAUUUUCACAGGGGCUAAGACUUCGGAAGAUCCUCAGGAAUUUAUAGACGAUUUGCAUAAGAUCCUGGUGGCCAUGGGGGCUACAGAUAUUGAGAAGGCUGAGCUGGCUUCCUACCAGCUCAAAGAUGUUGCACAGACUUGGUGCAAAAUGUGGCGAGAUAGCCGUGUCCUAGGAGGGGUGCCAGUCACCUGGGAGCUGUUCAAGACAACAUUUUUGGAAAGGUAUGCUACUCCCUUGGUUUCUACCAGCAGGGAGGAGAUGAGCAGAUUCCUCACAGGAAUCAAUGGAGACCUGGAGGAGGAGUGUCGGGCUGCGAUGCUCCAUGAUAAUAUGGACCUUUCUAGAUUAAUAGUGCAUAUCCAGCAGGUAGAGGACAGCCGAAAGAGGAGAGGUGUACGUGAUGUUAGGAGGCCUAGGCCUCAAGAUCAGGCAGGUCCCAGCCAUGGAGGCCAUAGAAACAAUUUUGGCGUCCGCGAGCAGCCCAAAUUCAAGAAGGGGCAACAGAGUGCUGGUAAUUCUGACCCUCAGAGAAGUACAACACCUAGAAGAGGCAGACCCGAACCCAAGAGGGGCAAUGGAGGUGAGAUGCAGCGCCCAAAGAAGACUUGUACUAAGUGUGGCCGAACUCACCUUGGAGAAUGCAGACAGGGCACUAAUGCCUGA